CCGUACGUCUCGUUAUCAUUCUGGGAUUGUACACGGAUGAGAAAUAUAGAUUUUCGUGUAGGUUUCUAUGGCAUAUUUCUUCGUAUGCGUAUGGUGUAAAAUGUGGUAUAAAAGAAGCAAGUUGGAGUGCAGAUGUUGUAAAAUAAACGACGACGUGCGAGAAGACAGCACUUUCAACACUUCACUCAAGUUGAGCAAAUGUAACUGAAAAAACAAAGUCAAAACGUAAACGUUACAUGUCGUACAUUACAAAGAAUACUAAGAAUUGCUAGUCUACGUACCAGUACAGCAGCUACGUGUGGUUCACCACCCUUUUUGGCCGGCCAGUUAAAGCAAGAACUUAUAAGAGGACACCAUGGAUCCAAAUACAAGUUUUGCAGAUCUACUGAUGGAUCCCACAUCACAGAGUUUGGCUCAAGGACCCCAGAGUGACGUUUCUCCGAUGGUUGAAGACUUUCACACCAUCCUUCAAGAUUUCAACCUGCCACCUGAAGACGUCCAAAACCAGCAAGAAAUUAUAACUGAUUUAUUAUCAGGAGAUCUGAAUUGCCAGUUCAGCCCAAAUGAGAUUGGGGAACUCACCCAAUCGCUGGAUGCCUUCAUUAGGGUGAUCUCAGAUCAGGGCGAUCAGAGCAACUGUACAGACCUUGAUAAUAUCGAGCCUUCUAUUCGUCAGCUGAUAAGACCAGCAGUUCAGCUACCAUGUGGCCCAUCAUCGUUGGAAUUACCAAGUGCCAAACCAAAGGCGAUCAUCAACCCACUGACCAAUGAGAUGGCUGGGUCACCGCCUACUACAAUAACAACGAUCAAUCAAAACCCACAUUUUAUCCAGAAUCACGCUUCGACUGUCCCAGCACAGCUCAUCGAACCAGUGAUUGACCAAUCACGGGUAGAAGUCCCAACUGCCGAACCAGUGAUUGACCAAUCGCAGGUAGAGGUCUCAACUGGCGAACCAGUGAUUUACCAAUCCCAGGUAGCUGUUCCAACAGCCAAUCAAAUCAGUCCUACCUUAGUAGCAUCCUCAGCUCGCCCAGCAAUUCAGACGGGUUCGAAGUCCAAGAAGACAAAUACAAAGAAGAAACGGCCACGAGCAGAGAGGCAGACACCUACAUCCUCACCCUCAUCAUCAUUGGUACUGGAGAAGAAGAAACUGAAGAUUGCCGUUAAUCCACAAGCCAACGAGGAGUAUGGACUCCCACAAGGCAAUGAGCUUCGCAUUCGACUGUUCUAUCAGAAGUACAUCGUGGAAGACAAGAAUAUCAAAAGUCGAGAUGGUUUCUUGGUCUACCACAAGAAUGCGUGGACAUUCCCUUCUGGUGCUGUUCAUGAUCUUACAAACAUUGAGUUUCCGCAGCUGGAGGCGCAGUCAUCCAAGUUAAGAAUGACACGGAGUCAGAAGAGCUCGACUAAACAGCUUUUAGAUGCUAUGACUAAAGGGGUUCAUGUUUACCAUGAUGAAUUCCACAACAUCCACAUCGAGCGUUAUUGCAGGAGUCGUGUUUUAUGUUACACUACGGACAUUGGCGAAGACGCUAUCACUGAGGGCGCCCUUCAACGUUGUGAUCACCUACACCAGAUCAACCUACAGCAAGGAAAGAAAGUCAAGGUCUUUGACAACAGAGUUUAUAUGCAAAAGGUGAGGGACAGGAUGCUUUAUCAAAUCCCAUGUAUGUCUCCCCCACCUUUCAUUAUCCUGAGUUUUGGUCAACCGUGGCAGGAAGGGUUCCCGUUGAGUAAUAAUCUAGUCUAUGUGAAGAUCACUCCAAUGCGCCCAAGAAAGCAAUACUCUGUCGAAGAAACGCCGUCUAUGGAUUGUGAGAAAACCUGCAUACUGGAAUCUUUUUCUAGUCUGAGUUUGAAUCACACUGAAGACAAGUGAAAUUCACCUCAAACGUUUUAGAGUUGAAAUUUCAACCAUGGUAAAUUCAAAAAAUUACAUGGCAGCCAAAAGCUGAAAAUUGUACAAUUUGAAAAAUUAAAUCAGCGGCUUAUGUUUGAGAGCACCCUUAAGGCCGAGUUAUAGUCGGUCGCGCGAUGGUCGGGCGUCGGAAAUCUGGACGCGCGAUCAUAAAAAGACACGGU